AUGGGAUCGGGCCCGAUGCGAGGUGGCAACUGGGUAGGUUCCUGCCCCCACUCAUGCGGCGGAACAACGUCUACGCCCUACCUGGUAUUCUUCGGGGACUCAUACACCACCCGGCCUGGGCAGUCGGAGGAAUUCCAGGCCAGAUAUGUGGCGGUGCUCAUGGACGCCCUCAAUGUCUACAAGAUGAUAUUAGUCGGUCUCAGGUAUGGCGGAUUCGUGGCCUAUUCCCUGGCAGCGCAGUUCCCAGAGAGGGUUGAGAGGGUGGUGAUAUGCAUUGCUGGGUGA